CUUCCGGGUCUGCCCGUUCCGGCGCCUGAACACAAAAGUGAGAUCCUUGGCUCGUCCCGGGCUCUUCUCCCAUAAAACCGGCCCGUUGUCCGGCCUCGCACCCAUGUCCCGGCUUAGCAACGGUACUUCGAUCGGCGGAUAGGCGGAGAUCGCAGCGGACGGAGGCGGCGCCGGUCAGGCACCGGGGUGGGCGGUCCUAAAGAAGCCGGGUGAAGAGUGCGGCCGGGGGCCUGCGGCGCCGCGCUCCCCGCCCUGAGAUGCCAACCCGGCAGUCGGCGGCGCAGCUGCGAGCGCGGUCCACCCCUCGUACCCCGCCGCAGGAUGGAGUUCGAGCUCCUGGAGAACGAUGUGCUGGAGUCGCUGGAGGACCUGGGUUACAAAGGUCCAUUGUUAGACGACGGAGCGCUGGCUCAGGCAGUCUCUCAUGGAGCCAGUUCCCCUGAAUUCACCAAACUCUGUGCUUGGUUGGUAUCUGAGUUACGGCUGUUCUGUAAACUAGAGGAAAACGUGCAGGCAACCAACAGUCCAAAUGAAGCAGAAGAAUUUCAACUUGAAAUGAGUGGGUUGCUGUCUGAAAUGAACUGUCCAUAUGCGUCACUAACAUCAGGAGAUGUGACAAAACGCCUUCAUAAUCAAAAGAACUGUCUCUUGCUGCUUACAUACCUCAUCUCAGAACUGGAAGCUGCCAGAAUGCUGUGUGUGAAUGCCCCUCCUAAAAAAGUCCAGGAAGGAGGUGGCAGUGAAGUCUUUCAGGAAUUAAAAGGCAUCUGUAUUGCUUUAGGCAUGUCCAAGCCUCCCGCCAAUAUAACAAUGUUCCAGUUCUUCAGCGGAAUUGAAAAAAAGCUGAAGGAAACUCUAGCAAAGGUUCCACCUAAUCAUGUUGGAAAACCUUUAUUGAAGAAACAACUGGGACCAGCUCACUGGGAAAAAAUUGAAGCAAUUAAUCAAGCCAUAGUCAACGAAUACGAAGUCCGAAGAAAACUGUUAGUCAAACGUUUGGAUGUUACUGUGCAAUCCUUUGGCUGGUCAGAUAGAGCUAAGAGUCAAACAGAAAAACUGGCUAAAGUCUACCAGCCAAAACGUGCCCUCUUAUCUACUAAGUGCACUAUAUCAAUUGCAAAUCUCUUGGCAGCUCGGCAAGAUCUGUCAAAGAUUAUGAGAACCAGCAGUGGGUCCAUCCGAGAGAAAACUGCAUGUGCCAUCAAUAAGGUGCUAAUGGGCAGAGUGCCUGACAGAGGAGGAAGGCCCAAUGAAAUUGAACCUCCACCUCCUGAGAUGCCACCGUGGCAGAAAAGACCAGAGGGUGGCUCGCAGCAAGGCGGUGGCAGAGGAGGAAGAGGUGGCUACGACUCUUCCUAUGGAGGGCGGGGAGGUUAUGACCAUGGGGGUCACGACCGAGGAGGAAGAGGAGGCUAUGACUCAUCAUACGGAGGGCGAGGAGGUCAUGAACAAGGAGGCCAUGAUCGAGGGGGACGAGGAGGACGUGGUGGUUAUGAUCAUGGCGGCAGAGGAGGAGGAAGAGGAAACAAGCUUCAAGGAGGCUGGACAGAUGGCGGAAGUGGUGGCUACCAGGAUGGCAGCUACAGGGAGAGCAACUACAGAGAUGCAGGUUUUCAAACAGGUGGCUACCAUGGUGGUGGUGGCUACCAAGGAGGAGGCUAUGGUGGCUACCAGUCGUCUUCUUAUUCUGGAAGUGGCUACCAAGGGGGUGGUGGCGGUGGCUACCAGCAAGACAACAGAUACCAAGAUGGUGGGUCCCACAGUGACCGAGGGGGUGGGCGUGGAGGAGGGAGGGGUGGCCGUGGCGGUCGCGGAGGCCGAGGAGGUCAAGGAGGCGGCUGGGGGGGCAGAGGUGGGCAGAACUUUAAUCAAGGAGGGCAGUUUGAGCAGCACUUCCAGCAUGGAGGUUAUCAGUAUAAUCAGUCUGGCUUUGGACAAGGAAGACACUUCACCAGCUGAGGCUGCUAAAAAUUUACACUUCAGCAGAGCUCACAUAAUAGAAACCUGGUUUCAGAGGCCUGACUUCAAUGCUGCUUGAAUUAGUACAGGUUUGUACACAGCAGGUGGAAUCUCUUUGGGUGGGAUGUUUUGCAUAGAGCAAAGCACAACUUUGUGUAGACCUCUCCUCCUCACCCACCUCUACUGUCUUAAUGAAAGACAUUGUCACUACCCCCUGCACCCUAAACAUCAACUAAUAGCCAUGCUUUUUGGAUGUUGGACUGGUUCCCUCUGCUCAAAACACUUUUGUUCUAAAUGUGCCUGCUGUGUUUGCCUUCUAUUUUGAUUUGGAGAAAUACAAAGACCACUCAAAUUUGUCUGUUACAGUACACAGUAGAAAUUCUGCAUUUUUCCCCCCAAAUCAUUGUUGGGGUACAUGUUCUAAACCUGGAAGCGUUGCUUUUCAGCUUGCUGACCUCUCGUUUCAGUCACGGUGAUGUUACAGCGCGUGUGUGCGCUCACAGGGGUCUCCUCCGACAAACGAGGUUUUUGUUAUCUGAGCUCUACUGUGGAUGCCAUGUUCAGUAGCCUUAUCUCCCGCUAAACAGCGUUUUCCCACCCGCUCAACUCUGGAGACUGACUGCCGCCAAAAUCUGCAAAGAUUCAUUUCAAACUAAGCUAAAUUGUGAACAGAUAGUGUGUGUAGGCCUGUAGUUAGGUGUAGCAAUUCAAACUGACCUGCAUCCAUCCAAAACAAGUUGCUCCUCCUCCAAACCUAAUUUUUACUUGAAAUCAGCUAGAAGAAACGAAAAACUGAAGUUUAUUUUAUUUGCAAAUUAAUACCACUGGCUCAGCAGAUCUAGGGCAAUUUGUUUUGGGGGUUGUCUUUUUAAAGAAAUGCACUACGGCCUGGGAAGAUUAGUUCCUGCCUGGAGGAAGCCCUUUUAUUAUUGCUGCAGAAAACACAACCUGGCUGAGUUUGGUGUUCUAAUGUUUGGGUUUUUUUCUUUACUGAAAGCCACAUAAUGCUUCUUGCUGGGUUUUUUGUGUACAUAAACAUUGUCAAAAAGCUGUGAAAGAAACUGGCUGAAGGUGUGCUGUUGUAUAAAAGGUGAGCAAUAAAAGUAUCUGUAUGUUC